AUGGCACCGUCGAUGUUUUCCCGGAGUGCCAAGAUCUCAUUGGUUCACUGCGCAGAGAACCAACUCCUGCUCACCGCAAAGAAUGCAGAGGAUGGCAACGCACCAGACAAGGAGACGCAGAUCAAACUGAUAGACCUAUGCCGCGAAGCUACCCCUGCAACAUGCAAUCUCAACCCAUUCCUCUUCAACGGACAUCUGCAAACCGGGUGGACGACGAUCAAAGAGACCGUUGAAAUCCCCAUCUACUACAAGCGCAAGAUCUUCGAACAGGAAAUCCCAGACCUCGCUGGCCAGUUUGCCGUUGAUUUUGUUGUCCCCCCGUUUGAGAAGACAGAGGAUGCUGAAGCUACGGAUGCUGCGAGGAAAUUUACGCUUCCCUCGGGGCUGCCUGCGCGGACCGCUUUCUUCUCUCAGGAUGAGCUUGGGGCUCUGCCGUCCGAUGAUAGUAAACCCAUGCUUAUUGCUCUGCAUGGACUGACUGGUGGCUCUCAUGAGGUCUAUUUGAGGGCGGCUCUGGCGCCUCUCGUGCUGGAUAGAGAUAGCGGCUGGGAGGCCUGCGUUAUCAAUGCUCGAGGCUGUGCACAAACGAAAAUCAGCACUUCAUUGUUGUUCAAUGCUCGCGCAACUUGGGAUGUUCGUCAGCUGGUAAAGUGGCUGCGAAAGACGUUCCCGAAUCGUCCUUUGUUUGGUAUCGGCUUUUCUCUAGGUGCCAACAUAUUAGUAAAUUAUCUUGGUGAAGAAGGUGAAAAUUGUCUGCUCAACGGUGCCGUAAUCUGCGCCAAUCCGUGGAAUCUAGACGUCACGAGUGUUGCUCUUCAUCGAACAUGGAUCGGCGCCGAAGUUUACUCAACACACAUGGCCGCCAGUCUUGUACGACUCUUUGAACAGUACGUUACGCUCCAUACUUCCUGUCCUACGCGUGAUGACUCUGUGUGUAUCGCUAACUUGAAGUACGAAAGACACGUUGACGAAUUGACGAGUCAUCCGCGGCUAAAGCCAGAUGACGCGAGAAAAGCGAAGUACAUUUAUGAAUUCGACAGAGCCAUACAAUGCCCAUUAUGGGGCUACCCAACUGAAGGUGCCUACUAUCGCGAUGCCUCGUCUACAGACUCCCUGCUGUCAAUUCGGAUCCCUUUCCUGGCCAUCAAUGCUGAAGAUGACCCGAUAUCCGCCAAAGAAGCAAUUCCAUACAACGAAUUCCAACAAACGCCAUACGGUGUUCUGCUAACCACCUCCUGGGGAGGGCACCUCGGCUGGUUUGAAUUGGGAGGUGCUCGUUGGUUUACCAAACCAGCGGCAAACUUCCUCGACCUACUGGCACAGAAAAUCGACCUUACGGUCCCCCCAGUUCUUCAAAAGGAUACCAGGGGGCUGCACGGAGAAUCACUCGACAAGCCCUCCCAAGGGCCAAGUGGUUUCUACCCAGUGCGUCGAAAAUUAGUUUUUAAGAGCGAGAGCGAUUGA